AUUUCAUGAACCACAACUCGAAGACUUGAGCAGUUUCUAUUCAUUUUAAGAAACUGAUGGUGAUUCGUUCUUUGAGGAAGGAAAUCCCAUAAUGUACCUUCUCUCACCUGUAGCUGGGCACCAUUUUUUGGGGCCUGGGGAGGUUUAUGUCCUCGACAUCCACCGGGUUGGCUCCGGCCUUGCGGCCAUAACAUCAGACCAAAAACUCGCUCUAUUUAACCCAGCAAGACUCGAUGAUGGCCCGAUAUCCUUGCUUCCUACGAACCACGGAAACCUCAGGUGCCUGAAGCCUUUCGACUGGCUAAACUCGGUUGUGUCGACUGCUGGGGAGGACGGGUCGGUGUCCAUCUGGGACCUCAGAGAAGACCCAUUGAAGGCACAAGUACUACGGUUUCAAGCGGCGGAGGCUCCCAUCGUGUCAUUGGCAUGUGAGUUGAGGAGUCAUGCCAUCGCCGUAGGCACGGAACUAUACGACCACGCAGCCUCCAUUCUCCUUUGGGACGUUCGAGGCUCCCCAAGCCAACGCACCCGGUAUACCGAAGUCCACAGUGACGAUGUGACGGAGCUGCGCUUCCACCCGACCGAGGCGCCUAACAUUCUCCUGUCCGGCUCUACCGAUGGUCUGGUCAAUAUCUACGAUACCCGUAUUGUAGAUGAGGACGACGUGAUCAUCCAGACGCUCAAUCACGGCUCUGUGCACCACGCUGGGUUCCUGAGCGCUACGGAGGUCUAUGCGCUGUCACACGACGAGAAGUUCGCCGUCUUCAACCUCGAGGAGACGUACGAGAAAGGGACGCCCGUGGCCGACUUUGGUGACGUCCGCAGAGAGCUGGAGUGUCAGUAUGCGUCCAAUGUGACGAGCAAAGUGGAUGGUAGCGGGGCUAUCAUCGGUGUCGGAUCUCAAGCUCGUCAAAUGUUCCAGUUGGUGUUCCUUACUAGGGGCAGCAGUCCCAACAGCUGGAUGUUUGACAAGUCGUCCAGCGUCGGGUUGCCGGGUGGACACGGCGAAGAGAUAGUUCGUGCCUUUUGUUUCUAUGAUGACGAGCAGGUCGUAUUCACGGCUGGGGAGGAUGGCAAUGUGAAGGCCUGGAGGCCGAAUUGAACGACCAAAAGAUACCCCUUUUAGCGUUUCUCCUGAUCAUGACGAGCGGUGCGAAUAAGACAUGAUUUCUCGCGAAUCCGGUGAACAAAGCGCAGAGCAAACCGCAUCCGUACUUGUCCCACCAUCCGUUAUAUUUCCAAAGUUGGGUAUCAUUCAUUUUGCCUCGGUCCUGGUACGUCUGCCCAUACUCGCCAUAUGUACCGAUUUGUUUUCUUUGUUUUUCAACUAUCCGAACUUGUCGUGCUUCCCUUUAAUUCUCACCAUCAACAACUGUUCGUGAUAAUCCCCUUCUCUCCUCGCCUUCUUCAACCUUUUCACCUCAUCGUCCUCCAGCUUCCGACCGGCCGCCUCUUCGAGCUCUUUGCGGGUGAUCUUUUCCUUCGCCUUCUCCUC